CGCGGGCGCCACCUGGCGGGCGCGGUGAAGGGGCGGGGCUGCAGGCGGCGCCCGCGCGCGGCCCGGCUCGGUCUGAAACCAGCGCGGCAGGCAGCGAGGAGCACGGCGCUGCAGGGAUGCUGCAGGCGGGAGCACCAAACCCGGACUUACCCUGGGCAGGAGAAGUCCACACUGGGACAACCAUCAUGGCAGUGGAGUUUGACGGGGGCGUGGUGAUGGGUUCUGACUCCCGGGUGUCUGCAGGAGAGGCAGUGGUGAACCGAGUGUUUGACAAGCUGUCCCCCCUCCACCAGCGCAUCUACUGUGCACUCUCUGGGUCAGCCGCCGAUGCCCAAGCCGUGGCUGACAUGGCCGCCUACCAGCUGGAGCUCCAUGGGAUGGAACUGGAAGAACCUCCACUUGUUCUGGCUGCUGCAACCGUGGUGAGAAACAUCACCUAUAAAUACCGGGAGGACCUGUCUGCACAUCUCAUGGUAGCUGGCUGGGACCACCGCAAAGGGGGCCAGGUAUACGGAACCCUGGGAGGAAUGCUGACUCGACAGCCCUUUGCCAUCGGUGGCUCCGGCAGCACCUACAUCUACGGUUAUGUGGACGCAGCCUACAAACCAGGCAUGUCCCCUGAGGAGUGCAGGCGCUUCACCACAGAUGCUAUUGCUCUGGCCAUGAGCCGGGAUGGCUCUAGCGGGGGUGUCAUCUACCUGGUCACUAUUACAGCUGCUGGUGUGGACCAUCGAGUCAUCUUGGGCAAUGAGCUGCCGAAAUUCUACGAUGAGUGAAUCUUCCUCAGACUUCCCUUUCUUAUUUUGCAAUAAACGCUCUGGGGUCAGAACCUGCUAGGGUCAGUGGGACACCAGUGCUCAGGGAGAUGUAGCUUAGGGGAGGGGGCUUCUUCCCUCCCAGAUGUCAGCACACCCUUUUUAUUCUUGUGUCCAAGGUCUAAAAUGUCCUUCCUAGAGAAAGAAAGGGGGAGUACACUGGAAAUAUAAUGAGCCCUAAACAUGACAGGUCAUCAUGUACUGAGCGAUUCUGAAGUUUUAUAAACAAUAAAAAUUCUCAUUCUGAUGCCCAA